AUGUCAGCAGUUGCCACAGAUAGUAAUAAUACAACAGCCGAUGGAAAUGAUGUUUAUCCAUUGGCUUUGCUUAUGGACGAGUUGAAACAUGACGAUAUUUCUAACAGAGUGGAAGCCAUGAAAAAGCUUGAUACUAUUGCAAUUGCUAUGGGUCCAGAAAGAACAAGAGACGAACUAAUUCCAUUUUUAACCGAGGUUGCACAGGACGAUGAAGAUGAGGUAUUUGCAGUACUGGCCGAUGAAUUAGGUAAUUUUGUUCCAUACGUUGGUGGUCCAGAACACGCUACGAUACUUUUGCCUGCGUUAGAGAUUCUUGCAUCUACUGAAGAGACUUUAGUGAGAGACAAAGCCGUAGCUUCUUUGAAUAGUAUCGCAUGCGAAUUAUCUGAAGAACAAAUUCUAAAUGAUUUUAUUCCUUUGAUCGAACAUUUAGCUGCAGCAGAUUGGUUUUCUUCAAAAGUUUCUGCUUGUGGAUUGUUUAAAUCUGUCAUUGUCAGGAUAAAAGAUGAUACUCUAAGAAAGAAUCUACUCGCACUUUAUUUACAAUUAGUACAAGAUGAUACUCCAAUGGUUAAGAGAGCCGCAGCAAAGAACCUACCUACUUUAAUUGAUUUAUUAAGACAAAAUCCAGAUUUAUCUAAUGAUGUCGAUUGGGAUUUUAUUUCUAAUAUGUUUCAGAAGAUUAUUAGUGAUAGUCAGGAUUCAGUUAAAUUCUUAGCCGUUGAUUGUUUAAUCGCUAUUUUGAAAUUCUUUAACACAAAGAAUGAUGAUGUUCAUUUUAAAGAUCUAUUAACAUCUGCAGUUAAAUUGAGUACUGAUGAAGCUUGGAGAGUUCGUUAUAUGGCAGCUGACAAAUUUGAAACCUUAGCCUCUCAAUUUGCAGGUCAUAAUGAAUAUCUAACAGAAUUAUUACCACCAUUUUUAGGGUUAUGUGAAGAUAAUGAAAGUGAUGUAAGGAAAGCUAUUGCCAAUGAAAUCCCAGGGUUUGCUGUUUUAUUUAAAGAUCAACCAAGUGUUAUUCUUACGAAGGUUUUACCAGCUGUGCAAAAUUUGAGCAUGGAUGAAAAUGAAACGGUUAGAGCUGCUUUAGCUUUAAAAGUUACAAAUUUAGUAGAAUUAAUAACUAAAGAUGAAGCUAUUGAAAAUUUGUUACCUAUAUUAUUAAAUAUGCUAAAGGAUGAAUUCCCAGAUGUUCGUUUAAAUAUUAUCGCUAAUUUAAAGGUUGUUAAUGAUGUGAUAGGUAUCGAUUUAUUAUCAGAAUCUUUACUACCUGCUAUUACAGAAUUAGCCAAUGAUAUUAAUUGGAGAGUUAGAUUAGCAAUCAUUGAAUAUAUUCCAAUAUUAGCUGAACAUUUAGGUGUUCAAUUCUUUAAUCAACAAUUAAGUGAUUUAUGUCUAUCGUGGUUAUGGGAUACAGUUUUUUCAAUUAGAGAAGCAGCUGUUAAAAAUUUAAAAAAAUUAACUGAAAUUUUUGGCCCAGAUUGGUGUCGUAAUGAAAUUAUAUCUAGAUUAUUAAAAUCAGAUUCACAACUAUUGGAGAAUUUUAUCUAUAGAUUUACAUUACUAUCAGCUUUAACUGCUUUGGUACCUGUUGUAUCUGAAGAUACUGUCACAGAUCAAAUUUUACCAUUUGUUAAACAUUUAGCUGAUGAUGCUGUUCCGAAUAUUAGAUUCAAUGUUGCAAAAUCUUAUGCUGUAAUUGUUGAAGUAUUAUGUGUUCACAAGGAUCAAUAUGAUGAUGUUAUUAAUGACUCAAUAUUAUCAUCACUUAAAUCAUUAUGUCAGGAUUCUGAUGUUGAUGUUAGAUAUUUCUCUAAUCAAAGUCUAGAGAAAUGUAACAAACUUCUAAACGCAUAA